AUGGAAGAGUUUGAAAGAUCACAAAGCAUAGAAAUACCUAGAGGUCAGACCGAUUUUUUCAGCAAACGAAUUAAUCAAUAUGAAGAAAAUUAUAUCAAUAUGUUAACAGGACCAAAUGAUCAUUUGGAUUGCUUGCAUUAUUUGUUCGAGGAUAUCCAAUCUUCAUUGCAAAAAGCAUAUAAAAUCAAAGCAGAACUUGAAGCUAUCAAAUUUGAUCCAAAAAUUAGUGAAGAAUAUAGAAUAGAAGCAAUCAAAAAGAACAGAAAAGAACAAAUAGACAAGUUUAACAAGAUGCCCGAAGCCAUUACUGAUGCAGUUAAAAAUAAUAAUUUUUAUCAAGCAAAUUACAUAUAUGAAAAGAGUAUGAAUUUCGCAGAAGAAUGUGGGAAAUACGAUCGCAGGAUAAAUUUCAAAUUUGAUCGACGAGAUUUGAAUUAUUAUUAUAUCCAUGCAGUUAACAUGAUGCAAACGCCCGGCCAAAGCAUUUUCUUUUACACCUCAAUUGCACAGUUUUUGAGAAGCAUUACAAAACAAGAAAAUCUUUUGAAGUACGCCGAUUCCGUUUUUCCGAUGUUCAAAUUGAGUUUAGAAAGGAUGUUUGAAGAUCCUCUCUUCACGCAACUCAAGGUUGACACUGUUGAAGAAGCUUCAAGGCAGUUAACAGUAAUUUUUGAACAUGCAACUAAAUUGUAUCCAGAAUUGAAUCCAAUGAAAGAGAGGUACAUUAAUGACUUCAUAAAUAAUGUAAAGAACUACCUUGGAGGCUCAAUUAUUGAUAAAGUUCAAACAAUUGAAAAAAAAUUGGGAAAAUCUGGAGAUUUAUCAUCAUACGUUAUCACAAGUUACUUACUUAAUGAAUCAAAGAUUGAUUUCUCAAGUCCUAUUAUCGAUGAAUAUAACAUUUCCAAUUUCAUUUCAAUUUGUGUUCAUAAUCCUAAUAUUUGGCAUUCGAUAAACAAAGACAGUCCUUCUGAUAGAUUUAAUCAGUACUGUGCAAGAUUAAAAGAACUUGCUGACCAUAAAUGGAAAGAAAAUGCAGAUUUUUCAGUCACUUUCCGAAAUCAGAUCAAAAGUGCUAAGAAAUCAAAGUUUAACACCAUUGCAGAAAUAUCUUCAAAGAAAUUGGAUUAUGAAGUGGUUGUAAAUGAAUAUAUGGAUUUCAGACCGUUCUUCAAGGAAAUGUCUGAUGAGGCACUCAUGAUUAAGAUACUCUCUAAGAUUGCAAAGUUUUCAUACCUUGCAGAUGCAUCUGAUUGGGAAAAUAGAAGAAAUAUAUUUUAUGAAGUUGCUGAAAAGUUUAAAAUUAGAAAAAGAGCACUACUACCUGCCCUCAGGACACUUGAUAUCAGUUUCAAGCAGCAAACUCCAGAGGAUGCAAAGAAAAAGAAGAAAUAA